AUGCCUCCAACAGAGAACCGUCCUCCUCGAGUGGCCCUCCGGCCGCAAUUGGCCACAAAGCUUCCCCGUGUCACCCUAUGUUCUCCCAAACCUAAGCCACUCGAUGGAACAAAGUCUACUGGCAACAUUGCUCGAACUACCCCACAAAAUGUUGGGAGCUGGGCUAAGCUCUCAGAGGUAGCUGCGGUCCAUCCUCGCCCGGUCAAGACCAGAGUUCCAGUGUCACUUCUAUCCACUCCUAAGUUUAAAAGAGAUGAGCCGCCUGUUUGUAACGACACCGAUGCUGAUGAUGAAGAAAGUGACGAUCUGAACGAAAUAACCAGAUCAGCUUUGAUUUUCCCUAACACUCCUCGCAAAGCGCAGACCCCAGGGAGCAACAAGUCAGUCAGGUGGGACCCAGCAAUCAUAUCCUGCGGUCCGAUCACGUCUGGACAAAGCACACCCUCAGUUCGUCUCAGGCCUGUUUCUCCGAGUCCAAAACGACAAAGUAGCAAUCUUACUCGGGCCGUAAAGACCUUUUUGCACUUGAAGAAGGACGAGCAUGAGGAGCUUUUGAAGCUUCUGCAAUCGCUAAAGCUUGACGAUGUCGAAGAUCGGUACACUGGCAAGCCAAGUCGCAGGCAGACAAGAAGUGAACCUACACCAGGACCAAGAUUCAACGAUGCAAAGAAGUUGAAUCCGGAAGCACCUGCUUUUCGAGAUUUUUCGGGAAUGAAAAGAAGAAUAUCUCACUCAAAAAUACCACUUGGCCGGGACUUCCACUCACUUGAUACCCCUCAAAGGCGCACGCAAGUACCUGUUGCUGAAAUUACCACUCAGAAGGAUCCCGCUUGGCUUGAUAUCUUCACGCCACCCGUUUCCGACAAUUCGUCAAACGAUGCUCUAAGCCGACAGGCUAUACAUCGAGAUGUCAGGAUUCACGAUUCUUCGACUCCUCGACCUAAUUUCCCGCAGCCAAUAUUCGUACCGAUUCCUGUGGUUGAAACACCUUACGGGUUUCAGAUAUCUCACCAGCAACCGAUAUGGUUCAAUACACUUGGAUUCCAACCGCGUCCUCUUCUGACACCGCAGUCUCCCCCCAUUUUUCACCGACUCCCAAUUAGGGCCAGGCGCAUCAAAGGGCCCUUGGUUGACGUAUCGCCACAAUUCAUACCUCCAGAGGAAGGCUCUGGUCGUACUGCACAUGCAAAUACCAUUGAUGAAAGCUGGGGUCAAUAUCUUCUGGACAAGUUCACUGCCAAAUACCCCAAGACUGGAAAGAUGAAGGGCCCAACUUCAGCACCUGGAAAGAUGAGACAAGCGGCGGCAAUCCAACAGCAACUCGAAUUUUUGCUUUACCAAGAGAAGGAAAAGAGUGUUUUUGAAGACAGGGCGGGAAAUUUGCAACGUCGAAACGUUAAGAGAUGCUCAGGAAGUGGAAUGUCUUCCAAAAAUAGUGACGCUCCAGCCACUCCACAGCACUUGAAAAUUUCCGGAAUCGAAAUAUGCUCAAGCAUAAGACAAGUCUUAGAGGGGAUCUCUCCGCCAGUUGUGGUCGGGUAG